AUGGCAGUACGGCCCAAGGACACAGCAACAGUCAUGCCAAGGGGUGGUGCUUCUCAGAGAGGUGCUUCGCGAGAGAGGACUCGCACCACAUGGCUCGCCAUGGCAGUACGGCCCAAGGACACAGCAACAGUCAUGCCGAGGGAUGGUGCUUCUAAGGGAGGUGCUGUGCGAGGGAGGAUUCGCACCACAUGGCUCACCAUGGCAGUAUUGCCCAAGGACACAGCAACAAUCAUUCCAAGGGAUGGUGCUUCUCGGACAGGUGCUGUGGGAGAUGGUGCUGUGAGGAUGCUCACCACAUGGCUUGGAGCAGUACGUGCCACUCAGAGGGGAGAACAGACACUCGCAUGGAGUGCCAGCACUGGCGUGCAGCACGGCCGUCACCUGGCACAGGGAGAGCAUCUGCUGGGGGUUCGUGCCCCACAAGUACUUUCUUCGCUGCACCCUGCUUACCUGCACCCUGCUUACCUGCACCCUGCUUACUUGCACCCUGCUUGCCUGCACCCUGCUUACUUGCACCCUGCUUGCUUGCAGCUGCUUUCCUGCAGCAGGACUGAAGCAGCGAUGGCAGCAGAAGCAACAACGGGCAGUGCAAGGCAGAGCAUCUGGAGUUUCAGCUGCAGCAGAUUACUCCCUCCUACCCCCAAGUGCAGUGCCCAUCUCUGCUGCUCUCUGCCCCUUCCUGCUCCUCUCUGCUCCUCUGUGCUCUUCGCUGCUCUUCACUAUUGA